CCGAAUAUGGACGCGGAGGAAUGAAAUAUGGUGGAGGAGGCGAACAUGGAGGCUCCGAGCACCGCGAGAGCGCCGCGGUAGUGGGCUUUUAUUUUUUAUUUAUUUAUUUUCUACCUUGGAGGAAGAGAACACGCGGAUGUACUUUCACCCGAACUUCAACGGGAAAGUUUUAUAUAUUUUCGCCUCCAUUAUUGUUGCCGUCGAGUUCGCUGUAAUGCUGUGAAGACCAAACUUUUAUUUAUUUUUUUUACCUCGGGGGGAGGAGGAGGAGGAGGAGGAGGAGGAGGGGGGGUAUAUAAAGCAGGAGGGCAGAGGGCUCCAGCCCCCCGCUCCGUCCCGACGCCAUGCCGUGGGUCAGCGGUGGGACCCGGAGGGAGAGCUCCGAGCUGCCGCUGCCCUCGGGCUGGGAGGAAGCUCGGGACUACGACGGCAGGGUGUUCUUCAUCGACCACAACACCCGGCAGACGUCGUGGAUCGACCCCAGAGAUAGGAUCACCAAGCCGCUGACCUUCGCCGACUGCGUUGGAGAUGAGCUUCCUCUCGGGUGGGAGGAGGUCUACGACCAGCAAGUGGGCGUGUACUACAUCGACCACAUCAACAAGAACACCCAGAUCGAGAACCCGCGGACCCAGUGGCGCCAGGAGCAGGAGCGCAUGCUGAAGGAGUACCUGGUGGUGGCCCAGGAGGCCCUCCAAGCCAAGAAGGAGAUGUACCUGGUGAAGCAGCAGCGGCUGGAGCUGGCUCAGCAGGAAAUGUUGCUCUUCCACGAGCUCUCCGAGGACAACCGCUCCAUGGCCAGCACGCUCUCCGGCUCAUCCUCAAACUCGAAAUACGACCCCGACCAAAUAAAAGUGGAGGUGGCCUGCAGGCGAGAGCGGCUCUCCAGGCUGAAGCAGGAGCUGGCUCAGGUGAAGCAGGAGCUGCAGUACAAGGAGAUGGGAGUGGAGACCCUGCAGGAGAUCGACAGGAAGAUGUCGAGCAGUCAGACCAACUACAAGCUGGACGAGGCUCAGGCCAUCUUCAGCGAGCUGCGCAGCAUCAAGAAGACCAUCAGCGCGGGCGAGAAGGAGAGGCAGGACCUCAUCCAGUGUCUGGCCAAGCUCACGGUGAACUUCCAAAGCGGCGAGGUGGCGCACGGCGCCGGAACCGCCGAGGACUCGAGUACCCUGCAGCAGUACUGUGACACCGGCUGUCAGACGGACAUCAUGGGAGAGGACUCCUCUCAUCUCGUGGACAAAGUCAAAGUCAACUGGCAGUACGAAGAAGCCAAGAAGAAGGUGCAGAGCAUCCAGCACCAGCUGGCCCAGCUGGACAGCGAGAGCUGGUCGGGGCGGGCCGAGGCCGACCGAGACCGGGACUUCCUGCAGCUCCUGCGCGAGAAGGAGGCGCUCCUGCAGGAGCUCGUCCUGGUCAGCCUGCAGAAGCACUCUGCGGAGACGCUGCUGCAGCUGGAGGAGGAGCGCCGGCGGCUGGAGGAGGAGGUGCAGAGGGCCCACAGCUCCCAGAGCCAGGGAGCCAAUCAGAGGAUCCUGCAGCAGGAGAAGAGGAACGCUCUGCUGAGACAGCUGGAGGAGGCGACGCGCAUCACCACCUACCUCCACUCCCAGCUGAAGAGCCUGUCGGCCAGCUCCCUGACGGUGUCGUCCAGCAGCAGUCGUGGCUCUCUGGCCUCCAGCCGCGGUUCGUUGGCCUCCAGCCGCGGCUCGCUGAGCUCCAUCAGCUUCAGCGACAUCUACGGCCUCCCGCAGUACGAGCGCCUGGACGGCGAGCCGCUGGACCCCCACCUGCGCUACCUGCUGCAGCCGGACUGCUCCGCCUUCGCCGCCGCCGACCCGCUGAGCAAAAGCAAACGCUCCCACGACGCCCCGCGGUCGCUGGCCUCGCUCUCCUCCCGCUCCUCGCUGUCCUCCCUGUCGCCGCCCAGCUCCCCCAUGGACACGCCCUACCACUCGGCCGCCCAGGACUGCCCCCUCACCCAGAUGACGGAGGAGUACAUGGAGCAGGCGGGCCGCGGCCUGCUGGAGGGGCUGCGGGCGCAGACGCAGACGGAUGCGGGUGGCUCCGCCCACCAGCCGGAUGGCAAGAGCCACAGAGACGCCGCCGCGACUCCGGGAGCUUUCACCUCCACAGGAGUCACCCUGAGGGGGAACAGCGCCAACAGGAGCGGUCGGCGGGCCCGGAGAGCUUCUGCCGGCGUGUCCGAGGACGCUCUGGCCACAGACAGCGGUGUGUUCGAGGCCUGGGGCAGAAGGGCUGAGGAGUCCGAUGAGAUGUUGUACAUGAAGGACCUGAGCAGCUCUGUGAGCGAGACCGCCCAGAUCCAGCUGGGUCUGCUGUGGGAGUCCGGCUCUCAGUCCCUCCGGCUGCAUCUGCUGCAGCUCAAGAACUUGAACAGGUCCACGGUGAGAGACGGCUGUAAAGUGUACGUGAAGGUGCACCUGACCCCGCUGGACGCCGGCCGGGCCUGUGCGUUCUACUGCUGCACGGCGCUGGAGCCGCAGACCCAGAUGAGCUUCAACGAGGGCUUCCGCAUCCCCGUCCCCGGCGGCGCCGGCCUGGCGGCGUGCGCCCUGCAGCUGUCCGUCUGCUCGCUGGGACCCCGGGACCCUCAGGAGGAAGUGCUGGGCGAGGCCCGGGUCGGGCUGGCUGAGUGCGAGGGGAGCGCGGAGAUGGUCUACCAUUGGCUGAGGGUGCAGACCCCCAGACCGGACCAGGAGAGCACCGAGACCAGGGCCACGGACGCUCUGCUGUCCUCCUCCACCCACCUGGAGGAGCGGGAGGCGGAGCUUCAGAAGGAGGAGUCGGCGUCCGAGAGGACUCGGCAGGCGGCGUCGGUGGACAGCGGCUGCAGCAACAGCGCCGCCUUCCCAGAGGGCGUCGCCACCGGGGGGCGCUGCGACCCGCCGGGCAGCAAGCCGUCUGCGGUGAAGGUGGAGAAGGCCACCAUGACCGAGGGCCCGUUCCCGGAGCCGGCGCGGGCCCGGCCCAAAGAGAGGGGGGGUCGCUGGGGCCACGCCGCCUCGCCCUUCAUGCGCGGCAGCGCCAUCGUGCGCUCGCAGACGUUCUCUCCUGGAGCGCGUAGUCAGUACGUCUGCAGGUUGUAUCGCAGCGACAGCGACAGCUCGACGCUCCCAAAGAAAUCUCCUUUCGUCAGAAACACGUUGGAGAGACGAACGCUGAGAUAUAAACAGCAGUCGUACCGCUCCUCUCUGGCCGAGCAGCCGACGCGGACCUCCCUGGACCUGGAGCUGGACCUCCAGGCCUGCAGGACCCGUCAGAGGCAGCUGAUGGAGGAGCUGAGCGCCCUGAGGGAGCUGAAGCUGAGGCUGGAGGACCCCCAGGCCGGGGACGCCGCCGAGCCCCCCCACUGGGCCCUGAGGGACGAGCACUUGCGCUGCCUGCUCAGAGAGGCCCAGAGACAGGCCAACCAGAGCAAGCAGGAGCAGCGGCAGGAGGAGGCGGCCGAGAGGAGGCUGAGGAAGGCCUCCAAAGAGGUUCUGCAGAUGAGGGGGCAGAGCCACAAGGAGCCCCUCCCCGUGCAGACAUUCAGAGAGAAGAUGGCGUUCUUCACGAGGCCGCGGUUCAACGCUCCGCUUCCAGCCGACGACGUGUGAGAGUCACAUGAAGGAUGUUCCUCUUUUUACUGAUGAAGGACAACGUGGUGUUUAUACCGAGGGACACACACACACACACACACACACACACACACACACACACACACACACACACACACACACACACACACACAGAGAGACUCACUCACA